AUGCCUCCUAUUGAAGCCAUUAUUGCACCUUUGGAAGCUGAACUUAAGCUAGCCAUUAUUGCACCUUUGGAAGCUGAACUUAAGCUUGCACGCUCUGAGAUUGGGAAGCAUCAGGAAGAUAACAGAGCCUUGGAUCGUCUCACUAAAUCAAAAGAAGCGGCUUUACUUGAUGCUGAGAGAUCUAUUCAAACUGCCAUGGCUAAAGCUGCAUUGGUUGAUGAUCUUCAAAAUAAGAAUCAAGAGUUGAUGAAACAAAUAGAGAUCUGUCAGGUGCUUUCUACUCAUUAUCAUCCUCUUCCCUGUAACGUUUUGGAUGCAUCACGGGUUGCUAACAAACUUGAAGAUGUUGUUCUUGCUGGUGGCUCUCCUGCUAAUGCCGUGAGGGAUUACCAGCGGAAAUUCCAAGAGAUGAAUGAAGAACGAAAAACGCUUGACCGUGAACUUGCGUGUGCAAAGGGAGAAAUGCAGCAACUCCGUGAUAAGCUUGCCAUAUCAGAUCGAGCUGCUAAAUCUGAAGCACAACUGAAAGACAAGUUUCAGUUACGGCUUAAAGUGCUUGAAGAGACAUUGAGAGGCACCUCAAGCAGCAGUGUAAGGAGCACACCUGAGAGAAGAAGCAUGAGUAAUGGACGCUCUCGCAGGCAGUCACUCGGUGGAGCAGAUAGUUUACAAAAGUUCGGAUCAAAUGGCUUUUUGCCAAAGAAAUCUCCAUCUUCCCAUAUGAAGAAUUCAUUUAUUUUUAAUUCCACCUCAGUAUUGAAGAGCACUAAAGGAACAUCUAGGUCCUUUGAUGGAGGCACAAGAUCAUUGGACAGAGGCAAGGCACUCCUAAACGGACCUGAGAAUUAUUCAUUCAACAAGGCUUGUGACGAAGCCAAAGAGUCAGAGAGUCACCUAAUGCAUGGAACGAAGAUUCAUAGGAGAAGCCACCAAGUGAACUCCCUCCACCAACAACUGAAGACAAUGUCCCAGGGGUUUUGUACGAUUUGCUUCAGAAGGAAGUAG